UCUAAGCAUCUUCAGCAUCCUUUAUCCUGUGCUGGGUACCAAUCUCUGAACAGCCUGCCUUGGGGAAAGAGCUGGAAGAGGCAGAUGAAAGAGUUUGUUGGAGGCAAUAACAUUACCAAGUAUUGACAGCUUAACUUGGAAACCACCUUCUUAAACCUUCUUCUUCUAAGAACAGAGAGACAACCUGAGUAAAACCAAGUGACAACCACUCUGUACGGCAACCUGAAUUGAACCCUCUGUGCCCCUUGACUAAAACAGGGAAUGCCCCACAGCAGCAGCCCCCCAAACAGGUCUUUCCUGGCACCUCCCCGAACCCUGGCUUCCUAUGACCGCGGGCGCGAUCUCUGCACCUUUGUGUCCGCGGCAGCAUCCCACGUCAUGCGCACCCUCCAGAGACCUUGCCGGAGCAAGCCGAGCAAGAGGAAAGUGAAUCACCGACGGUUCCUACAGAACCAGAUAUGCAGGAGCUUUUCAGAUAUUGAAGCAGCUACUCACCGCUUAGCCUCCUCCAUCCUUUCCCAGGAAGCGUGUGUCCCUCCUGCCGCAAUCCAGCAAAGAAGCCCCUCUCGGCCCCCGAUGGUCCGACUGCCCUCCGCUGUCAGUUCCUUCUCAGGCAUCGCGGAGGCAUUCGUGGCUCCCGACCCGAGUCCCAGCUGGGCCUUGUCUCUCGAUGCUUUGACCUCUGAGCCAGAUGAACUUUUCGAACCCAUCACCAGAGAGUCCAGCCUUGCAGGGGUCAACAGCUGGGAGCCUCUCAAUCUCUAUCCUUCAGGAGGAUCCAGUUUAGUGGGAUGGACAUCACAACCCCAUGCAGAACCUGCCUCUUGUAUGGAGCCAAAUGCUGGUCCUUCAACUGCAGUUGAAUGCCUCAUCCCUGCCUUGGAUUCAGAAGCUUUUGUGACUUCGGGCCAUGACAGCUACUUUCCUUUGUGGGACCUGGAAAGUUGGUGACUUCCCAAAAGAGUUGCCAGCUUGGGAUUUUGAAGGCCCUUGGGUUCCUAGGCCAAAACCUGAGACCUAAAGACAAGCCCCUAGUGAUAUUAUUAAACAUUGUCCAUUAAGUACCAACAAACAUCGCUGAUGAGACCUUGUCAUUCAAACAUGCAGAGAAAGAAAGGGAGAGAACAAAUGUGCAAACACCUACACAACAUUAAAAGCUCAACUUUAGUCAGUUGGCAAAAACUUGAUGGCACAAAAUGUUUGGACCAGGAGAGUAAGGAUGGGGCCACCAUGGGAAGGAGUUCUAGCCUGGAAGCAGCCACAAAAGAGGCCCUACUUCUUAUUUUCCCACCAAAUGAACCUUAGAAGGCUUUGGACCAUGGUGAUGAUCUCUCCAGAAGAUGGAAUGAGGGUCAUAGGGACCUUAUGAUGUUGUUGAAUGACAGCUUCCAUUCAGCUUCUGGGACAGGCAUGGGCAAACUUCGGUCCUCCAGGUGUUUUGGACUUCAACUCCCACAAUUCCUAACAGCCGGAAGGCUGUUAGGAAUUGUGGGAGUUGAAGUCCAAAACACCUGGAGGACCGAAGUUUGCCCAUGCCUGUACUAGAAGCUGUAAUUCUGGAGGGUGUCAUAUUUCUACUCCUGGUUUAAUUACUGGCAAUAAGUGCUUUAAAUAAAAAAGGAUGCUUAUUUUGGCCUACUUUUUGCCUUGCACUCCAGCCAAAUCCCUACGAAAUUGAAUUUUUCCCUUUCCUGUUGUAUUAUCUUUAUUUAUUGGUUCCUAGGGGGAAAUGCAGAACUAACUUUGGUGAAGUAGUGGAAAGCAAGGUUCACAACAUUAGAGUGCUCCUGCAACCGUUGUUUCCCAGACUUCCUUGUUCCUUGUUAUUUUAGCUGUAUUUCUUACAGCAGCUGAAGGGAAAGGGAGUUAAUUUUCCCAGUGAAAUUACAGUAUUGUCAGCUAUCCAUGCUGCAAUACAAUUUGGAUGUGACAUGUGAAAUUGAAAGUGCAAUUGAAAUCUAUUAACUUUACAAAAGACCUGCACCUGGUAGACACAAACCUAGCAAGAAUUGGCUUAUUGGGAUGGAUAUCACUGACUGUGUUUUUGGACUCUCCUUUCAAGUAAUAGUUAUGGGGAAUUUCAUGGUGAAUGCUUGCAUUUCAAAAUUUACCACUAUACUGCUUUCUAGUGCUGUUUCUUAUGCAUUCUUCCACAUUUAACUCCCUUUCCCCUAUCCCUGGUUUAGCUUCCCUAUUCUUUUUCCAUUUCUUCCUUCCUUGUGAUGUGUUCAGUGGUUUCUACAAGAAUUAAACACACAUACCGCUAUCAAUGGCUUUGAUUUAACUGUAGAAUGAAUUCCUUCCUUGUCUCCGAUAUAUAUAUAUGUUGCUGUUCAAGUGAUUGAUUUUUAUUGACAAUAUUAUUUAAAUGUAAAUUAUAUUAUUGUCAGAGAAGAGCAGUAAUAUAUUCUUGCCCCCCACUUUAUCUGAGAAUGUGUACUCUUGAUGUGACUAUUAAAUGGUUGUUUCUUGCUGCCA